AGGUGGUUUGUGCGUGAAACUUUCACUUCGAGUGAAACAAAUGAAACCUCGCUGUGUGCCAGUGGAGUUUCCUGUGAGUCCGGGGAGUGCGCACAGAGAAUCCGAGCAGUUACAGUACAUAGGAAAUGACUCAUAGGAGUUGAACUGUUAGCGUGGGUGUGUGCGCACUAUUAAAACAAGGCGCAGACUCCUGUGGGUGACUCACUCUGAUGCUCGCUUUUCCAUGCUGAAAACCAGCGCGGAUUGUUAAUCAGAUGAACUUUCGGGAAUCGUGUAGCCGACAGCGAGCAGCGUUUAUCCUGCACACACACCAUGGCUUCUGACGCUCUCUGCGCGCUCUGCGGACUUAUUAUAGCGGCCGUGACACAUUUCCACGCUGUGAGCGCACAGAAAAGUCUGUGUGGCAAUUCAGAGUUCUGGAACUCGGACUUGGACGUUUGUGUGCCGUGUUCAUCGUGCAAGCAGUACCCGAAGACCCCGUCGUGCAACACAUGUAAACCUGUGGACGACUCGCACGACAUGUGGAAACUCGCGGCCAUCGCCAGCUUCUCAGUGCUGGCCGUCGUGUUGGUCGGCGCGGCGUUGCUCAUCGGGGUCAUGGUGCAUCGGCGCACGUCACACACGCGACCUCUACGUGAACCCAUUGAAGAAACUGCAGGGCCACUUUAUCAAGCUUAAACAUUUCAGUAGCCUCAUCCUCCUCUGGAAACAGAUGUGACAGAAACGAGCAGUGACUGGCUCAGAGCUGGACGCAGCAAACCUCUGGACCAUGAAGUGUGUACUCCGAGCGACUGCAGAGUAUCUCCUGACCAGAAUCAGACCACAUUUUUUUUUUUAUUUAUUAGACUGUAACAAGUGAAGAGAUGUGCUCAGUUCUCACACUUACACGCAGUGUAAGGUCCCAUACUGACCGCAGGGCACAUGCAGUACCGCGAGCAACUCUCACACCUCUGUAAGAAUAGCAACAACAUUAUACUCCAGUGGUAGCAUCUUCAGACUUUGUGUGCCUUUUGUAUUCCAUGUAAAAAAGAAGAGAUUUUGAUCUGGAAGACCUUUGUGGAAUCAUAGAUGUUAGAUUCAGAUUUCCGCCUAAACUACAAUCCGCGCUCCUGUUUUGUAUUGUGCUGUUUUUCGAGCAGGAAUCCAAUGAAUGUAACACAGCUACUGCUGCCUGCUGGGCUGCAGCGUGAUCCCCUGCUAUUCUGCAGGGUUAGACGAGGUUCUCUCCGCUGGUUAUUCACCACAAGAGCCUCUUAGAUAUAAAAUGCAUGGAGUAAGACAUACUGUAAGGCACAUUAAGGCCAUUUGAAUGUAGCUAUUGUUAGGUGAAAUGUUUUCUUAGCCCGUGUCCCUGUCAGUACCUCCAUGGACGCGUUCUUUCUCUAGUCUAACACUCAGUGAUAGAGAUGUUGAUAAAGGGAGCAGACUGUGCUUGUGCACUGUUACUGGGUCUACUGAGACCAACACACACACCCUUUAUUGCAGGUCAUGACAAUAUUGUGUUUCCUGUGUUAAUGUUUUAGAUGAUUUAAGCAGAUGUUUUUCACGAGUACGAGCCCUGCGUACACGUUACAGUCUGCAGGACAGGAUGCUUGCAACACUAGACACACAAUCCCACACUGCUAACACAUGUGGGAAUGUUGUUGAGAAUGCACUGUAGCGACAAAAAAAGAAAAGAAAGAAUGACACCUACAGUGUUUCAGGUGGUGCUGCGCUAUCACGACGCUCGCUGACUCUGACUCGUCAGUCGAUUUCAGAUCUGCAACAAGGCAAAAAAAACGGAAAAAAAACAAGGAGGAAUCAUGUUUAGAUGUCUGUUAGUAAUUUUGUGGCCGCUGUAACCAGUGAGAACAUGGUGGGCAGGAUUGUUUUCCACUUUUUUUAUAGUAAAAAAUGUGUGUUUUUUAAUCUCUAAUCUACAGACCAUCAUGCACGUGUGGUUACUUAAGAAUUCUUGUGAUAUUUUGUCACUGACAAAGGUUUCAGGUCUUGACUUGGAUCUGUCUGCUUGUGGGUAAACGGUCGCCCUCUGGAAACAAAAUUAAGGCCUCACAUAGAAAUACAGAUGACUUCAUGUCUUUUUUUCUGUUUCAAAUAUGUUUAUAUUAUUUAUUUGUAAGUAACUUGCAGUGUUUGUGUUGCCACAGCUGCAGGGGACAAGCACAUUUUUUUUUUAAAAAAGGGACUCCAGUGAAGAUAGGCCAGACAUCGAGGUUACUGAGCAAUAACUAACGCUUUCUGCUCUUUUUCUAAUGCUUUCUAUGUCUAACUGUAUAUACUGUACAUGCACUGGCUUCUUUUACUUACUGCAAUCUUAUCAAGUGCUUUGUGUACCAAAAGUAUUUUCACAAUAAAACUGACAGUUUAAAAUAAUAAAA